UGUAAUAUCUUUAUCAAAGAAAGCAAGAGGAACAGAAGAAAAGAUAAAAAGAGGGAUAAGAGCAAACUUGAGAUAGUGUACAAGAUAUUAUUAAUAGACCCUCUUUGUUGUUGAAAGCACAACACAAUCACCAAUUAGCACUUUCUCAGUUUCUGAGAGAACAAGCCUUAGAAUGUCUUGGUUCCUUGUAGUACUGUUUCUCAGUCUCACAUUUGGUAAUCCUACUGAGGCUAUCCAUGACAAGAAGCCUCCCUCUGCUGUUGUGGUUGGCACUGUCUACUGUGACACGUGUUUUCAACAGGAUUUCUCCAUGGGCAGCCAUUUCAUUUCAGGUGCAUCAGUUGCUGUGGAAUGCAAAGAUGGAGAUGGUAGUUCAAAUUCAAGCUUCAAGAAAGAAGUGAAGACAGAUGAGCAUGGGAAAUUCAGAGUGCACCUUCCAUUCUCAGUGAGCAAACAUGUAAAGAGAAUCAAGAGGUGCAGUGUGAAAUUGAUAAGUAGCAGUGAGCCUUAUUGUGCUGUGGCCUCAGCAGCUACUUCUUCUUCACUUCACCUCAAGUCCAGAAAGCAAGGACUACACAUAUUCUCAGCAGGGUUUUUCUCAUUCAAGCCACUUAAACAGCCAACACUUUGUAACCAAAAACCAAGGGUUCAAAAGGGGGCAGAUUUUGUGAUAAAAUCAUUUCCUCCAAAUAUAGACCCUUCAUUUCCACCUCCACUUCAGGAUCCAAACACACCUGGUGGUGUUCCUUUUCUUCCUCCCAAUACUCUUCCUGGAUUGCCUGGGCUUCCACAACUUCCAGGACUCCCUCCUCUGCCACCCCUUCCAGGAAUACCAAUACCAGGGUCACCCCCAAAGCUGUCAAAACAGGCCAGCCCAGGGCACAUGACCAAAACUUCAGACAAAAAUGAGCCUUCAGAUAUAAAAGUUGUUCACCCUGAAACCUUCAUCUUCCCUCCUAAUCCACUUCAGCCACCUAUUGUUCCCAACCCACUUCAGCCACCUAUUGUCCCCAACCCACUUCAGCCACCUCCCCUUGUUCCCAACCCACUUCAGCCACCAACACCACCACUCAUUCCAAACCCACUUCAACCACCAACACCACCACUCAUUCCAAACCCACUUCAGCCUCCACCAUCAGGACCAUCACCAUUUUUUCCAUUCCCACCAGUACCAGGUUUUACUCCACCUUCACCACCACCAGUUUCUCCCUUUCCUUUCCUUCCAUUGUUCCCUCCUCCUGGCUCACCUCCUGCUUCUUCUCCUUAACUAAAUAUAGCAGCUAUCCAUAUAUGGAAAUCAUAAUAAUAUAAUAGGGUAUGAUAUUGGUGACUAAGACUGAAAAAAUUUGAAACAUGCAUGAUUAAUGUAUUAGCAAUAAAUUCAAAGAUAUGGUCAUCUGAAAGCUUUAAUAUUAUAAAUUAUUAUUAUUUGCACAA